AUGGCGCCCAAAGCUGAGAAGAAGCCCGCCGAGAAAAAGCCAGCUGAGGAGAAGAAGUCGACGGUGGCUGAGAAAGCCCCAGCCGAGAAGAAGCCCAAGGCCGGCAAGAAGCUCCCGAAGGAAGCCGGAGCUGCCGCCGGAGAUAAGAAGAAGAAGAGAUCGAAGAAGAGCGUGGAGACCUACAAGAUCUACAUCUUCAAGGUGCUGAAGCAGGUCCACCCUGAUAUCGGGAUCUCCAGCAAGGCCAUGGGCAUCAUGAACAGCUUCAUCAAUGAUAUCUUCGAGAAGCUCGCUCAGGAGUCUUCCAGGCUUGCAAGGUACAACAAGAAGCCCACGAUUACUUCUCGGGAGAUCCAGACAGCUGUGAGACUUGUGCUUCCUGGUGAGCUCGCCAAGCACGCUGUUUCUGAGGGGACCAAGGCUGUUACCAAGGAUGGGGGUGUGAAGAAAUUAGGGUUAGGGUUUGUGGGUUUUGAUGCUUUUCAUGGAGUGCAUGUUUUGUUGGUUGCUGAGCCUGCCUGUGGAAAGUGUUGUGCAAAUAUCACUUUCAUGUUCAUAGUUUUCCUGACAAUGCUCUUAUAG